CAAUAGCCCAGCUUUCGCUGCGAGUGGUACGAGCUCUCAAGUGAAAAAGCAGCUGCGACAUUUGAGUAUCACUGACGUCGAACUUCAAAACACAAAGUCGGCCUUGAAGGCCUUCACGAGAGGAAUCGUUGCACAUAAAUUGUCAAUCAGCCGCAAACGCAACUGCCUGCGACUAGUACACGGCGCUAUGGCAGAAAGUAUGUGUUCGUCGUUUGCUUCACUUGAUGCCGAGCGCGAUGUGCCUCGAGCAGUCGAGUUCAAGACAAUGGAAAAGGAAGAGUUUUUCAUUGACGAACAAGUCAAAGUACAUUUUCAAUUUCCAGAUGAAGCUCACUGUCCGAAUUAUCUAGAUGUGGUACGCAUUCUGCCCGUCAACAGCUACACUGCUCUGGUAGAUGCCGCCUCUGGCUGUGGCGAUACAAAUGGCGGACAGUUGUCAAAAAUGUCAUCAUCGUUGGCGGCCAGUAAGACUGACGAUGACUUUGAGACGCUCAAUUCAUCAGUGCUGUCUGGUGCUCUAACGUUCAGUUACUGUCAGUGGAAGGUCGAGAGUGCUCCCGGCCUCUUCUCCGUAUCUGCGGAAGUAAGUGCGCUAAUAAAAGAGAACAAAAAUAAUUCGGAUGAAGGAACCCUCUAUGUGGCACAGUACAUCACACCGAGUCGAUUCCAUCCAGUAGCAGAGAGUGACACCUUCCGUAUAUUUCCUGUUACCGAGGAAUGCAUGAUCGAGCUGCCUGGCGUAUUUAGUGAUGAUGGUUUAAUUGUGCUUGGAACGGGUAGCGACACAGAUGAACCCGAACUGGUCGAAAAUGACGAGCUUGGCAACGAUGGUGGUAAACUUGGAACUUCUUCUUCUCUGGAAAGUGUAGUAGAAGACCUGACAAUUGUUUUAUCAGCAACCGAACUUCGUAAAAUGGAAGAUGAGCAACGUACGAGCAACGAUAAGCUCCGAUCAUUCAUUGAUCAGUACAAGGAUGACUUAAUGGAGCUUACCAGAUUAAACGAGACUUUAAAGCAGAAGCUUAGCAACGAGCAGGAAAAGGUAGAGAACCUUUUCAAGGAGCGUCGUAGACUCGGUGAUGAAAUUAGUGAACUAAAAAGAAUUAUGUCACAUCAGCAAACGCUGUUCCAGAAGGCCCUAACCGAACGGGAACGUCAGCUGCGUGAGGAACAAAAGAAAAGCUCCAAGCUGGAAGAAGAGCAUUCGUUAGUUUCCACACAUCUGGAAAAUCUACGUUGUUGCGUCGACGCGCACCUUGAAACAAAGAACAUUCUUGUUCAGGAAAUUGAGAGGCUUAAGAAAGAGAACGAGGAUAUGGCCCAAGAGAGGAAGGCGAUAAAGAACGUGGAGAAAAAGGACAAGGCCACAGAGACCUUAUCCGAUUUCGAAUUGAGAACCGAAAAGAGCACUGCACACAACAGCCAAACAGUUGACCUUGAGGAACGUGUGCAAGAUCUCAUCGCCAGACUGCAAAGCGCUAAACUCGAGUACAUCUCGCUCUACAAAGAGAACAAGCGCAAGGAAAAGGCUCUCGAGAACAUCUGCAAUUGGGCGUCCUUAGCAAAGGACGGUAUGAGUUUGGAAGCGCCUGCACCGACCACCCAGGUUCCCUCACUUGUCUCACAUUCUAAAAGCAAGUUCGGUACAACGUCUGCUUCGUUUGAUGAGCUCGCGCAUUUUCCUAUGGCUGACCCGUCGUCCGCUCCCAAGUCCGCGACCCUUCCAUCUUCCACGCUGUCGUCAAAUAACAACUCAUCGCUUGCAAACCUAAAAGCAAAGGAAAGCAAGGACGCUCAGGAGUCUGUUGAAGAAGAUCUGAUUGAAUUGGGUUCGGAUAGUGGCCGACUUUCAUUGCCGCCACGCCAGAAAAGGAAGAUCGAACUAGUCCGCAGGACCGCCUCCACAGCCGCUGCUACCGCAGGAGCAACGUCCGGCGCUGCUCUUCGUGCUCUCCGGGGAAAAAUGGUAGUGCGCGGACGGCAUCGUGCGCAAGAGGCCCUUCGCAGUCUCAAGAGAGACCUCUCUUCUCUCGAGCCAGAUAAUGGUUCCAGUGGACAGCAACAGCAGCAAACAGCGCAGCAGCAGCAGCGUCAACAGCAACCAUCUGUAUUGCCUCAACAACAGCAGCAACAAUCGAAACAACAAAGUGUGCUGUCCGGAACGUCUGCAUCGUCAAAUGUCCUCCCUCUGGCACCCUUGCCGAUGAAACCUAUUUCGCCGCCUCGUCCAAAAGCGCCUUCUAAGAAGAAAGAGAUAGUUACUUCAAAGCCGUCUGCUCCCGAAGAACCGUUCAGCAACGCAUCCGCGGUGCCUCGCUCGACAAAUACCUACUCAGCGGCCGGACUCAUCUCAGAUCUCGAAACCGAUGCUUCGAAUACUGAGGAAGAGACAAGCGUGACAAACCCGCACAUUUGCCCGCUGUGCGUAACAUCGAUUCUCGACUACGAGGCGCACAUGCGUGAAGCUCACCAGAAACAGCCGUGCCCUAUAUGCGGAUACGUGUUUGAUACAAACAUCCCCCUCUAUGUGAUGACCUACCACGUUGAAAGGCACCUCGAAGAAGACAAGCAUGAUGGUUCGACGACCGCUUCGCAAUGAAGUCAGAUCGUCGCCACGUUCACAGCUGGCGCCAUGGAACUUGUUAGAAUGUUCCAAAAAUGGGUUGAGGGCUGAACUUGAGCAGCCGACAGUGAUGAUGCAUGAAAAAAUUCUAAAUGAUGAAAAAUAUAUAUAAUGAGAGAAAAUCCCUGAGACCAUAGAACGGGAAUGGCAUACUGUCGGCGGAUUUUCGGAGAAAGUCUUUUAGAGGCAAGAAAAUGUUGUUUGGGCACUAAGAAAGAAAGCCCGGAGUUAAUUUACACAUUUCUACAUAUACACAUCAUCAUGUAAUAUUUAUCACAUGAUGGCAAAAAUUAUAAUAUACAUUUUAUUUAGCCGACUUGGUGGAUACAGUAUAAGCAUGGCUGAAGAACGAUAGCUAAUCGCAAUCCCAGCAGCUGAACCCUUAACAAUGGAGCUAUUAGUACCUCCUGUAUUAGUAUACCAUUUGGGUAGCUAGCCGUGUCUUCUUACGGGUACACUAGAAAUUAUUAUAAUGUCAUUAUUAAGAAUUAUUAUGAGAAAAAAAUUACAUACCGUUAAGCUGUUGGGAAGUGAAUGAACGCCGGAAAAGUGAGAAGGCCCUGGACGGAUGACUAAAUAGAAAGAACAUGCAGCAAGUAAGAAAUAGAUAGUGAGUAGCAUAAAUAUCUCCCACAAGCUCUGUAUUCUAGAAAAUCUCAAAAGACCGAAGAAAAUUGUACGGAUUUUACUAUAUUGCUCGGAUUUCAUUUACAGAUAAAAAGCUUAUAAGAUCAAUGCUGGUAAGAACAGUCACGCUAACGCGCAGAACGCGUGGAAAAGAACGGUGUCGAUGCGUUUGAAGGCGGCGUCAAGCAACAAUUCAUAAAAUAAAUAAUGUGCUAAUAAUAAAAUAAUACACGACACGACUGAAACAUAAGGCAAUUCAAUCCUCAUUUUCAAAAUGUACAAAAGCAUUCAUAACUCUCACAAUAUCACAAAAGAGAACUACGAAAUAGCAACGCCGUUGUAUAUGUUUGUUCCAUACAAUGUUAUAACAACAGCACUCUCGUAGAAUCAUUACUGUAUAACGACGACGUUAUAAGGACUGCAAAUAAAACAUACACUAUUCGCAAGAUUAAAAACGCCGUCACACAACAAGCGAAUCACUAUAGUUGUUAAUAUCGAUGUUGGCCAUCGCAGGAGUGUUGCCAGGGAAGUAGUCCAGCACAAGUGACCCCGAAUCUGUGCGCUAACUGUAGUGAUGAAAAGGAUAACGGACGAUCGGAUUACGAUCACGAAAACCGAGACAACGAUAAUUAUUGCAUGAUUGCAUAUAUAACGAAAACAAAUAGUAUUGAUUAUAAUAGCAAAGCUGCCGCUCAUACGGAGGAGCUAGGUGGUACGUCGUGCAGGGCCUCAGCACUCGAAAAAUAAUACGGAAGGGCGAUGAAUGACGGCAAGGGCCCCCACUAGACUUAUCAUUGACUAAUGAAGUGAAUAAUUUGACUCGGUGGCACAUUUGAGAUACAAUAUGGAUCAUGUGCUGCCAUUAAUUAUGAAUUCAUACAAUUAUAAUAAUACUUAUUAAAUAUCUAUGUAUACGAAGGCUACUGCUUUAGGGGGAAUACGAAUACGUAUUUAUUUUAGUUUACAACAAAUGUGAUGACAUUAUACUCUGAAUAAGACAGCAUCGACUGUAGCAAAUAGCAGAUACAGCAGCGGCAACAUUGAAUAGUAUAGUAAGCUUCUUUUUCCUUUUGGCUUAUUCAAAUACAAAAACAUACAUUUUACUUUGUCUCGUUCAUGAGCUUAUCGAAUAAAAGUAUUAAUUUCAA